AUGUCAUAUAAAGAUUGUGAUAUUAAUACAAGCUUUUCGCCAAGUGGACACCCUCAUUUAGGUGCACUAGAAGGACAAUAUGUACCGUAUAAUAUCAAUUCACAAUAUUUUAAAGAAAGUUAUGAUGAAGAUGAUGUUUCAAAAGAUGCAGUUUUAGAAGAAGUCCAUACAGAAAAAUCAAAUCCAGGACCAAUUAAACCCUUACCUUAUAGUUGUUUCACUAAAUCACAGAAAUUUGUCAUAUUUUUUAUAAUAAUGUUUAUAGGUUUCUUAGGACCAUUAUCCGGAAAUAUUUAUAUUCCUGCAUUACCUUUGUUACAACAGGAAUUUAAGACCACAACUACUGUAAUUAAUGCUACUGUAUCAGUGUUUAUGGGUGUAUUUGCUGUUGGUCCUUUACUUUGGGGGAUGUAUGCAGAUAUUGGUGGUAGAAAAAUCCUCUAUUUAACUUCAUUGUUAUUAAUGAUGAUUGUAAAUGUUUUAUUAUCGACAUUACCUAGUAAUAUAGUGUCACUUUUCAUUUUAAGAAUUGUACAAGCAUUUGCUUCGAGCUCAGUCAUCACUUUGGGCGCAGGUACUGUCACUGACAUUAUUGCACCAAAGAAUAGAGGUAAGGCAAUAGCAUAUUUUAUGAUGGGCCCUAAUAUUGGUCCAAUUCUAGCACCUAUUAUUGCUGGGUUGAUAUUAAUUGACGAUAAUAAUUGGAGAUGGUUAUUUGGUUUUACUUGUAUCAUGAGUGGUGUAGGGUUUCUGUUAGUGUUAUUUUUUUUACCUGAAACUUUAAGAUGUAUUGUUGGGAAUGGUGAUCCAGGUUGGAAACAAGAUCGGCUAGAUGAGAAUGAAGAUCAAGUUCUUCUUGAAUUCAACAAUUCUAAUUGGUCAUUUUGUAAAUUCAUUGGAAUUCAAAAGCCUGUGUCAUUGAGCGUAUACUUUAGAGAAGAAUAUCCAAAACCACCUAGAGCAACACUUAUGACAUAUUGGGAAAUGGUUAAAAUUAAACCUGUUCUCUUCACCUCAAUCAGUACGGCUCUUUUGUUUGCCAAUUAUUAUGCGUUUAGUGUCACAUUUUCCCAUUAUUUGCAAUCUGAGUAUCAUUAUUCAAUGCUAAAAAUUGGUGCUGCAUAUGUCUGUCCAGGUGUCUGUAUGAUAUUUGGUUCUCAAAUAGGUGGUCAUCUAUCCGAUAUGUUGCGUAACAAUUGGAAAAGAAGACAUAGAAACCGUGUUUUCCCCUUGGAGGAAAGAUUAAUACUUAAUAUAAUUGGUAUCAUAAUUAACGCAGCAGGUUGUAUUGGAUAUGGUUGGAGUAUUCAAAGGAAAUUUCAUAUUGCCAUAAUUCUAUUUUUCACUGGGUUGACAGCAGCAGGUUUAACUUGGUGUAAUAAUACUACAAUGACGUAUUUAACUGAAUUGUUGUCAAAAAGAGCAGCGAGUAGUGUUGCAGUGAGUAGUUUAUUUAGGAAUGUGGCAGCUGCAAUAAGUUCUGCUAUAAUAUUUACACUUUGCGAUGUUAUGGGGAUUGGUUGGUGCUUUACUGGGUUGGGCCUGGUAAAUAUAGUACCAUUAUGUCUAAUAUCCUGGUUGGUAAACAGGGCAGGUAGAUGGCAAAAUUUUACUUCGUAUAUCUAA